AUGGUUGCAAAAACACCAGCGCUGCUCUCCCGCCGGGAGAUUGAAGCUCUCAUCGCCGACGGCGGGAUGAUCUUCAUCCUCGACCAAUUCGUGAUCAAGGCGAAUGCGUGGGCCCCGUACCACCCUGGCGGCGACAUGGCCAUCCUCCACAUGAUCGGCCGCGACGCCACCGACGAGGUUACUGCCCUACACUCCGCCGAGACAAAACAAUUGAUGCUGAAUCGCUACCGCAUUGGACGGAUCGAAGACCGCUGGACGAACUUUAUCCCUCCAAUUCAGGGCGGCAGGUUCAGAUCGCGGGUCGAUGCUGAGCCUGAAUACGAUUCAUCUUCGUCCGACGAGUCCCGCGGCGCAUCGUCGGUGUUCGACUCCGAUCGGUCCGCCCUUCGCCAUCGAUGUGGACAAGGCCCAUCCAGCUCAGCCUCCGUCACCUCUGUCUCCUCGACCGAAGAAGAUGACGGAAUGGCACAUCUCGACACCGUCACGCACGAGAAAAUCACCCUCGACCUCGAGAAAUACCCCGCAGUCGAUUACCCGACACAAGACGCCAUCAUCGCCAAAUACCGCCAGCUCAACGAGCGCAUCAUCACCGACGGCCUGUACAAAUGCAACUACCGCGCCUACGGUAUCGAGGCGAUCCGCAUCCUCACCCUCUUUGCCUGUAUGCUCCUGGCCCUACACUGGGGCUGGUACGCCGUCGGCGGCGCAUUCAUGGGCGCCGUAUGGCAGCAGCUCGUCUUCAUCGGCCACGACGCCGCACACAUGGGGAUAACGCACGACUUCCACAUCGACACGUGCAUCGGGAUCUUCAUCGGCGAUUUCCUCGGCGGGUUGAGCAUCGGCUGGUGGAAGCGCAACCACAACGUCCAUCACAUCGUGACCAACGCCCCCGAACACGACCCGGACAUCGAAUACCUCCCCUUCCUCGCGCUCAGCCACCGCUUCUUCGCCUCGCUGCGCUCCACAUACUACAACCACGUGAUGAAAUACGACGCCGUCGCGAAAUUCGCCGUGCAGUUCCAGCACUACUCCUUCUACCCGCUCAUGACAGUCGGCCGCUUCAACCUCUACCGCCUCGCGUGGUCCUAUCUCCUCUCCAACCAACCGCCCCGAAAGGGCCCCGCCUGGUGGCACUGGUACCUCGAAAUGACGGGCCAGGUCUUCUUCUGGACCUGGUACGGGUACCUCAUCCUGUACAAAUCUAUCCCCAGCACAUCCGGCCGCCUGGCCUUCUUCCUGGUGAGCCACAUGAUAACCGCCCCGCUGCACGUCCAGUUCACCGUAAGCCACUUUGCCAUGUCGACGGCCGACCUGGGCCCCUCCGAAUCCUUCCCGCAGAAAAUGCUCCGCACGACCAUGGACGUCGACUGUCCCCGCUGGCUGGAUUUCUUCCAUGGGGGUUUGCAGUUCCAGGUUAUACAUCAUUUGUUCCCGAGGGUGCCGCGGCAUAAUCUGCGGACGGUGCAGAAGAUGGUCAUGGGGUUUUGUGAGGAGGUUGGGAUUCCGUAUGCGCUUUAUGGGUUUGUGGAUGGGAAUCAGAGGGUUGUGGGGAAGUUGGCCGAGGUUAGUCGGCAGGCGAGGAUUCUGAGAAAGUGUCAGGAGGCGAUGGCGGGUCGUAAUACCUAA